GUCAGCUCUUUAAUUUCUGCAGUGAUUACACCAGCACACAGGUCCUCUUCCAGUGCAAGCCCAGUCUGUGCACAAGUGUUUCUGCUGUGGCCCGCAGGGAGCACUUCAACAGGACUCAACAUUUCCUGCGCUGCCAGUGGACACAUUCAGAGCUCAACACUGACACCAGGAGUUUCUUUUCUUUCAGAAGCUGAAGACACACUUUUAGGUUGGAAUACAAGCUCCUACGGAUAUCAUAAAAAAUACUCUACCCCUGCUACCCCUGCAUUGCUGUUGCAACAGAAUAUACUAGAAAACAGAACUUCACAUACAACAUCAGCUCCAGGCUGUGGCUCCCAGGAAGCCCCUGGAGAAUGUGUCUGAGCCCUAACAUUUAACCAAAGGACACCUCUGCAACACCACUGCCCAGACAUCAGUGAUGACCUAAGUGCCCUCUACUGUUCAGCAAUGGGUCAGUCCUCCUCUAUUACACCCUCUCCUAAAAACUGUGGUGAUUUGGCCUCCAGCUUUGACAAGUUUUUUAAGGAAUUCAAGACAGAAAGCAAAAUCCUCUCUCAGGAAACCAUCACAUCGAUUCAAUCACACCUAAAGGAAGGCGACCUUCAGAGAGCAGUUUCUGCAAUUAAUGAUGCAUUGAGAGAUAUUGACAAUGCUCCACUGAGCAUUGCUGUGACUGGGGAGUCUGGGACAGGGAAGUCCAGCUUCAUCAAUGCCUUGCGGGGAGUGGGGCAUGAGGAUGAAUUGGCUGCCCCCACUGGGGCAGUGGAGACAACCUUGAACAGAAUUUCAUACAGACACCCAAAGUUUCCCAAUGUGACAUUAUGGGAUCUGCCUGGCAUGAUGUCUAUUAACUUAAAGCCACAGAAGUAUCUGAAACAAAUGAAAUUUGGUGAGUAUGACUUCUUUAUUAUCAUCUCUUCUACACGCUUCACAAUCAAUGAUGAGCAUCUGGCUAUGGCAAUUAAAAAAAUGAAGAAAAAUUUCUACUUUGUCCGAACUAAAGUGGACAGCGAUUUACAUAAUCUAAAACUGAGUAAACCCACCACAUUCAAUGAGCAUGAAAUCCUGCAAAAGAUCCGCAAUGACUGUGUGACACAGCUGCAGAAUGCCAAUAUGGGUACAACUCAGGUCUUCUUGAUCUCCAACUUUGAUUUGUCGAGCUAUGAUUUCCAAAGCCUAGAGACUACCCUUCUGAGGGAGCUCCCAGCCCACAAGCGCCAUAUCUUCAUGCAAUAUAUGCCCAAUGUCACUGAGGCUGCUAUUGACAAGAAGAAGGAUUCUCUGAAACAGAAGGUAUGGCUGGAGGCCCUGAAGGCUGGAGCAUCAGCCACCAUCCCUUUAGUGGGCUUGAUCAAUGAUAAAGACAUGGAAAAGCUGGAGGAAACUUUAACCCUCUAUAGGUCUUACUUUGGGCUGGAUGAUGCAUCCUUGAAAACUGUGGCCAAGGACUUGAAUGUGUCAGUGGAGAAACUCAAAGCAAACCUUGUGUCUCCCCAUUUGCUGUCAAUUGAGAAGGAUGAUGAAUCCUUAGGGGGCAAACUGUUGAGAUAUGUGGAAAUAUUCUGUGCUGUUAGCGGAGGAUUUAUUGCCACUGGUAUUUAUUUUAAAAAGAGUUUCUACUUGCAAAAUUAUUUCCUUGAGACUGUAGCAAGUGAUGCAAAAAUUCUUCUUAAAAAAGAAAUUUUUAAGGACUUGGAGGACUCUGGGAAAGCCUAUCUACAUCAGUAUGUUGGGGAUGAAAAUGGGAAAAGUGAGGCAGCCAUCUCCUGAAUUAUUAUCAGUGUUGGUAUGACACUUGUGCCUAAAAAGUUGACUUAGUGCCUCCCUGAAGCAAUCCUGAUCCAUUGCCCUCAGGGAGUUCACAGACAUUUCCAUAACUCAUUCUUGAACCAACUACCAACUUAAUGACUAUUAUUUGAUAGUGUGAGAAACCAGCUCUCAAGAAUCCUUCUUUUACAUGAUCCUUCUUGGGAAAAUGAAGGGCAAGAAUCUGAAAUUUUCUGUUUAGCAGAAAGAAUAACUCUUUUUGUGGUGGUUACUUCAUAUUCAGCCCUGGUCUUUCUAUUGACAUAGUUUAAAAAAAUAGCUGUGCACACAG